AUGAUGUCGCUUAUCAGUCGCUUCAUUCCCUCUGCUCUGCUCGGCCGGCUGCCGUUUAUCAAUUCGAUUUACCUUUCGUCGGCGACCAUAAAACCUCCCGUGGAAGCCAAUCAAACCGAAUCAAGCAUACUUUGCGCGGUGUGGCGGUGGGCAAUAAAAAAAGAAGGAGACCCCGGGACACAAUUUUCAUUCUCCACUCCACAGCUCCACGGCCAAUCGAACCGAUUCGCCACGGAACGGAACCGCAAUAUAGGGAAGGGAACUCGCCCACAAACUCAGACCCAGACCCCAGAGAGAAGGUUGAAAGAUGUAUGGACUGCUGCGAACAUCGGCGCCGACUUCUUCACGUCACAGGCGGCCAUGAAUCGAGCGUGCGGUUACCAACAACAACCAUCAGCAGCACCACUGUCAGCCCCAGCGUUUGCGGUGGGGCUUCUGCUGUUGCUGUUGAGCGCAUGUAUCACCACAUACGCCUCACCACGACCUGCGUCGGACAUUGAAAUUCCAAAAGUGCAGCAAAGUGUGGCUGGCAGCGAGGCCCGGCUCAAGUGCGGCAUCAAGGAGCACCACGCGGAGCACAUGAAUGCAUCGGACGUCCGGUGGUACUUCAAGCCAUGUGGUGGUGGAGGAGCAUUCCCGCAGGUUGCCUGCAGUGACCGUACCGCGCUGGAUGGCUACGACUGGCGGCCGCUUAAUUGCGACAAUAAACCGUGCCGUGUGACGCUGACCAUUGCGAACGUUUCGGACGCGGACGCUGGCUUGUAUCGCUGCACGAUCCAUCCGUACCGGACGGACAACCAGACCCUGCUGGACAUUCAGUUGGUCCGGUCCUUUGAGCUGCUGGUGAUAAAGUCACCGCUCGACGAGUCGAUACCGGCGCCGGAACUGAUGGACAAUCUGCCGGCCAACACGACGGCCAUCGUCGACACACCGAUCGUGCUGCAGUGUCGCGUCCACAGCAAGGUCCCACCCACCAUCAAGUGGUUCCGGCGGCUCAACAAGCGGCUCGGUGAGCACAGCUUCAAUCAGAACAAAUCGAUCCGCUAUCUGGAGAACUUCUACGAGCUGUUGCCGUCGGCCGGCGAGAAGCCGGUGGCCCACGAUGUCUACCUCAGCAAGCUUAUCCUCUACAACGCGUCCGAGCGCGACAUCGGUAUCUACGUGUGCGUCGGCAUUAAUUACGUGGGCGUCAGUAUGGCCGAUGCGUACGUUAAUCUGGUGCACGCGAAUGGGAUGCCGGUCGAGCCGGGUACGGGCGGGUACGUUGGAUUGAUGGUUCUGUUUCUGAUACCGAUCGCCCUGGCCAUGAUGCCGCUGCUGGUUUGGCUAGCGCUAAAUGUGCUUCGCUCACGCCAAGCCGACGAACGGACGAAACCUACUUCCCUAGGCAAUGAACCCAUCAUCACCAGUGUGUCCGCGUACGAUCCGAACAGUGUGGUGCGGUUAAAGCGAGAGCGCCUCGUGUACGGUGGCAGCAUGCCCGAGCAUAUUUAUGAGAAAAUUGAUUUAAACUGACCGCAACGGGAACUGUGGUACGCGUGUGACCUCGCACGAAAGGUUUAUGUCGAUGUAUUUAUUGGAAUUAUUGGAAGCAUAAAAUAUGAAUUUAUCCAU